GCGCGGCAACUUGAAUUCAUUAUUUAUGCUUUUAGAGUCAGAGUAGUUUCAUUUUACACGUAACAGUAGACGGCUAUUUCUAUAGGAAUACGAGUAAUGGAGUCUUCAGAUAUGGAUAUCAAACCAUUUGAAACAAAUGUGUAUGUGCAUAGCCCAUUGACUGAAUCUUCUACGACAGCCAACUAUUACGUUUCUUAUGCGAUUCGCUUGAUGACAGACCAUCCGAGUUUUACGUACGGAUCAUCUCACAUUCGCAGAAGAUAUUCAGAAUUUGUGCAUUUAAAAAACCAUUUGGCAGCUUACUAUCCACUGGUGAAGUGCCCAACUUUACCUCCCAAGAACUUCUUCAAAAGAUUCAAUACUGAUUUCAUUGAAGAAAGGCGACAAGGGCUUCAGAAAUUUCUUGAACAAGUGUUAUCAAUUUCCAUGUACCUCUCCGACAAGAGCUUACAUCUGUUCCUACAAAGUUCUUACAGCAUGUCUGAAAUCGAUGGACAAUGUAUUGGCGAUAUUCCAGCUCCAGAACUAAUUGAGCCCUCUUCAGAUAUUGUUUCAGGAACGCAUCAUUCAGAUACAAGUUCUAACAGAUCAUCAGAAUACUUAGAAGCAAUGCAGUGUGUCAGAGCGCUUCAAAAUCUGGUUAUCGACGUAGCUCAAAACAGUCCAUCAGAUUCUCCAACAGAAGGCAAAAAAUCUAUUGAGACAACAGACUCGUCAUCGAAAUUCUUAAAACCACCUUUAAGCUCUGCUCUGCGCAAGUUCAACAGCUCCGCUAAACCAUAUCCAAUUCCCAGGAAAUGUGGAAGCUUGGAGUCGACUCCAUCUUCAUCGCCUCCAUCAAGCCUUGAAGCAAGUUAUAGCUCUUCAAUGGAUUCAAUGAGAACUCGUCGCGUGUCAUUUAAUGAUAAAGUGAAAAUUGCAGUUGUGACUAAUUACGGAAUUUCCGUAUUGAGAACUUGAACUGAGUCUGAAAUAUAGUAGCUUCAACAAUACCAGUAAACCACGUAAAAUUCUCAAAAAGGGAGGAAGUUUUGAAUCUACUCCAUCCUCAUCACCUCUAUCAAGCCUGGAAGCUAGUCACAUCUCAUCCACAAGAUUUCGAUUUUGGGAGUUUGAAUAGAGCUAUGUAUAUAAAGCAACAACAUUAUUUAUUAAUAUGUACAUUAUCCAUGUUUCAUUUGCAAGUUCUUUGCAUGUCCCUGCUUUCAUUCCGGUUGCUCUUAAAUGUCAUUCGUCACUUAAAAAUGACUUUCUGCUCAUUUUACUUAUAUUAUUCAAUGACCCCCCCCC